AUGACCAAGUCGCCCAACGACGUCGUCGUCUUGUCAGCCAUUCGGAGCCCCAUCACUCGCUCGUUCAAAGGCGGCUUCAAAGAUGCCUGGCCGGAAGAUAUCUUGGGACCGAUCAUGGCGGAAGCCCCAAGGCGAGCCAACAUCGAAGCCAAGGACGUCCAAGAUGUCCUCAUAGGCAACGUCCUCGCUGAGCUAGGCUUCGCAAAGACUGGGCGGAUGGCCCUUCUCAAUGCUGGCUUCCCAGUGACAACCACGUUUCACACCGUCAAUCGCCAAUGCUCAAGCAGCUUACAGGCCGUCACCCACCUGGCGCACUCCAUCUGGGCCGGCCAAAUCGACGUGGCCAUGGCCGGCGGCGUUGAGAGCAUGUCCAAGAACUACCAGACCCGCGGUGUACCCGCCGACGUGGGGCCAAGCCUCCGGGGCACUGCUAUCAAGUCGGCGGCCGACUGUCUGAUGCCCAUGGGCAUCACCUCGGAGAACGUGGCAAGUCGGUACAAGAUUAGCCGCCAGAUGCAGGAUGACUUUGCUCUGCUCAGUCAUAGUAGGGCAAAUCAGGCACGCUCUGCCGGCCACUUUGAUAGUGAGAUUGUGCCCGUCGAGUAUACUUUCGUAGAUGGAGAGGUCGAAAGCCGCGUUCGAGUCGAAGCCGAUGACACUAUUCGGGCUGGUGUCACACUGGAGAAGCUGGCAAAGCUGAAGCCAGCCUUUACCGAGACGGGUGGCAGCACAGCAGGGAAUUCAUCUCAGAUAUGCGAUGGAGCAUCAGCGGCCAUCCUGGCCCGUCGAUCUUGGGCCGAAGCCCGCGGUCUAAAGCCCCUUGCAAGGUUCCUGGGCACCCAAGUAGCAGGCUGCGAACCCGACGAGAUGGGAAUGGGCCCCUUGUAUGCUAUCCCAAGGCUCUACAAGCAUGCCGGGAUAGAGCAAAAGGAUGUCGACAUCUUUGAGCUGAACGAAGCUUUUGCCAGCCAGACAUUGGCUUGCAUCCACGGGCUCGGCCUCGACAUCGACAGGGUCAAUCCCAACGGCGGUGCCAUUGCCAUCGGUCACCCUACCGGAGCUACUGGGACGAGACAGUUGGCCACGCUUCUCGCUGAGCUUGCUCGCCAGGACAAGGAGGUCGGGGUUAUCAGCAUGUGUGCCAGCACUGGGCUUGGUGUGGCCUCUGCUUUCAUUAGAGAAGAGAAGAAGAUCUUCCAACGACAUGCCGUCAAUCUCCCGGAAGGCAAGGUCAUACGAAGCGGCGACUACGUUCAGAUACAACCUCAUAGGUGUCUUAGUCACGACAACACCUGGCCAUUUGCUCAGAAGUCUAUGGACGCCACACGAAUCAAGUAUCCGAAGCAGCCAGUCUUUGCACUUGAUCAUCAGGUUCAAUCCAAGACUGAAGCCAAUCUUCGCAAAUACCGGUUGAUCGAAGAAUUUGCCAAGGAAUAUGGCGUUGUCUUUUUCCCCGCCGGCCACGGCAUCGGUCACCAAGUCAUGAUCGAAGAGCUUUUCGUUUGGCCGGGUACAUUAUGUGUUGGCUCGGAUAGUCACAGCAACAUGUAUGGAGGUAUAGGCUCUCUAGGAGUUGCUCUGGUGCGAUCAGACGCAGCUUCGGUCUGGGCCACUGGCAAGAGUUGGUUCCAGGUCCCUUCUGUGGUGCAGGUAACCUUGACCGGGACAUUGCCUCCUGGUGUGACCGGAAAGGACGUUAUCGUAGCGCUCUGUGGCCUCUUCCCUACGGAUGUACUUAACCAUAGUGUUGAGUUCGUAGGCUCCGAGCAGACCAUGUCAAGUAUCCUUGUCGAUGACCGCCUCACUAUUAGCAACAUGUCAACUGAGUGGUCGAGCACUAGAGGAGGCAGACACUACUUGACGCCGGGGCGAUUCCUCUCCCUGCUGCUUGCGGACCUUCUUUCCAGCCCCGAGGUUGUGGCUGCUAGCGCUCUAAGCGGCAGGCUCUCGGGCACCGGUGUAUACAAAGCCCCCGAGAACUUCAACGGUGUGCAGUUCGGUUAUGGUACUGGCUUACCGGACUCCCCUUUGAGUCAGCUCGACAGCGCUGCUGAGCAACUCGAGUCUUUCAUCGACCGGGCGGAGGCUUCUGUCCCCAAGAACGACGGCAACGAUGCAAAGGCAACCACUCGAAUUCUUCCAGGGUUUCCGGAGAAGAUCACGGGCGAGCUUUUGUUCUGUGAUGCCGAUAACCUUGAUACCGACAACAUCUAUGCUGGAAAAUACACAUAUCAGGAUGACAUUACGAAAGAGGGCAUGGCGAAGGUAUGCAUGGAGAAUUACGACCCAGAAUUUAGGUCCAUCGCCAAGCCUAACGACAUCCUCGUCUCGGGAGGCAACUUUGGCUGCGGCUCAUCAAGAGAGCAAGCAGCAACGGCCAUCCUGGCCAACCAGAUCCCGCUCGUCGUCGCCAGUACCUUCUCCAGCAUCUUCGCCCGAAACAGCAUUAACAAUGCCCUCUUGGGACUGGAAGUGCCACGGCUCGUCGAGCGCCUCCGAGCCAAGUUCCCUGCGUCGGAGAGGGUGCCGACACGUCGUACAGGCUGGACCCUGACGUGGGACGUCGCUCGGAGGGUUGUUGAGGUGCAGGAAGGUGAGGGCGGAGAGCGUUGGGAGGAGAAGGUGGGCCAGUUCCCAGAGAAUCUGCAAGAGAUUAUCGCCAAGGGAGGGUUGACGGACUGGACCAAGCACGAGAUUGCAAAGGCUGAGGCAUGA